AGUGAGCGCGCGCGAAGGCUCAACGGAGGGACGACUUUUGUUACCAUAGUAACCACGGUACACAACAUGACUAGCAAGAGGGAAACAUCAACCUAAAUGAUUAAUUUACAACAGUAGAAAAGAUGUCAGUAUUUGGCGAGGAUGAUGUGUCCCUCGGGGAUUCUGAGGAAAAGCAGGAGGAAGAUUACCCAGAAGACACAGCGCCGAAACAGGACGAGAUUGAGCCCUGUUCAUUAACACAGGAUAUAAUAGGACAGAACCUUUCCUUAUUGUGCCGGACAGGUGAUGGACUUUCGCAUGCAUUUGUCAGACUUGACCUACAAAACAGGAAUCUGGCGGAUAUUGUCAUGUUGAGUUCAUUUGUCUAUCUGCGUUUCCUGGACAUCUCCUCCAACUACCUGACAGACCUUUCUCCACUGGCUACUCUGACCGAGCUGCUUUGGCUAAAGGCAGAUGCCAAUCAGGUUCAGAGUGUUCGAGGUCAGCCACUCAGCCAGCUUCCUUAUCUGCAGUGGCUCAGCCUCAGGUCCAAUCGUUUGAGUGACACAGAGGGCCUUGGUGGGCCUGCACUGGAAAACCUUAAUCUUAUAGGUAAUACCAUUCAGAUGGUGUCUGGCCUUGAUUAUGACAAGCUGACCAAUCUAGUGUCUCUGGAGCUGAGAGGAAACUGUUUAGAAACUACAGAUGGUAUUCACCUCCCAAACUUGCGUCAUCUUUACCUAGCCCAGAAUAAAAUAAAACGAUUAGAGGGACUGGACAAACUGGAGCGCCUAACAAUCCUUCACCUUAGAGACAACCCGCUAGAGACACUUGAUGGAAUCUGUCCUAGUAUGAAAUCUCUGCAGUAUCUUAAUAUCAGAGGAAACCUAGUAUCUUCCCAGCAUGCACUACAAAGCCUGAUGGGUGUUGCUCGCACACUGCGGGCCCUGGUCUUGGCAGACAAUCCUCUGUCAGAGACGGAGGAUUACCGGCUCAUUGUUAUCUCACGCCUCCCUCUUCUUGAAAGACUAGACAAGAUUCAUGUCUCCCCUGUGGAGCAGGCUGAAGCUCAAGAAAGACUCAGAGAAUUCCAAAACUUCACAGAACAAGAAGAUGAUUAAACAGGACUACUGGGAGCAGAGCUGCAUUCAUUUAUCUGCAGUCCUGUUGCAGAAGGAAGAUGUACAUGGUUCAGUAUAUAGGUGCUGAAUUAAAUCAAUAAUUUUAGAGGUGUCUCCGUUUUUUUUUUAAACAAGUUCAUUGUUUUAUUUUAUUACAUUUUCUGACUGAGUAAUAUAAUAAUUAAGAAUUACUAAAGAUUAUUCAUAACUUCUGUUUAGUGUACACAAAGUACACAUAGCAUGAUUCAUAAAAUAAUAAUAUGAAGAUGAUUCAUUACUUCAGUUCUUUGAUUUGUAGUCUGUUAAGCUUUAAAAUUGGUGAAUGUCCUCAUUUAAACAUUUGAAAAUAAAUUUAAAUCUGUGUAUGUAAAGUACAGCGUUGUUUCAUCAGUUACCAAAGUACACAAAACACAACAACUUAUUACAUCUAUUAUUAAAGAUGAUUAAUAAGCUAUUAAAGUUGAUUCAUAAAGUAAGUUCUUCGAUUUGUUUUCUCUUACCCAUAUACUCAGUGGCCUUAACCAUCUGAAAAAAUAAACUGAAAUCUGUGUAUGUAAUCUGUGUACAGUAAUAUUACAUCCAUUAUCAAAGUACACAGUCUACACAAAAUAUAGCAACUUAUUAUAUCUAUGAUCUUGUAUUUUGUUCUUUGAUUAAAAUUAUUAUUAUUAUUAUUAUUAUUAUUAUUAUUAUUAUUAUUAGUUAGUAGUAAUAGUAGUAGUAUUAAAACUAGGCGAACUGCGCACACCAGCACACACACACUUCCUACGAGAUUAAUGAAGAGUUUCUUCCACCAAGCAAUCAGGCAGCUCCACAACCUGUUUAGAAAUGCUUAAAAUAUGUGACUGUACUGCACUAUUAGACACUUUACCAUCGCCCAUGCCACCUUCUUAACAUUGCACAUGCCAUGUUCUACAUGUUUUUCUGCUCUGCCUCUGACGUCUUUACAAUACUGUCAUAUGCUUUAUGUAAAUGUGAUGCCUCUUGUAGUGGAGUGUUGGAUGGACACAAAAUAUAACAACUUAUUAUAUCUAU